AUGCUUUUGCCAAACGACAUUUAUAAAACCUCAUCUGAUGAUGAGCAUUAUUGUUUAGUUGGGUCGGUUUUAAAUGAUUUAUCAAAAGAUAAAGAUUUUAUAAAAAAGUUUAAAGUAAUUGAUCUUUUUAUAUAA